AUGGAGGAAAUCGAGAAGCUACAGCUUUUGUCGCUGAUUCCCAGGCCCGAGCCCAGCGAGUGCCACAUCGCGCAGGAGUUGCAGGCCACCAAGACCUCGAUCAUCGAGCAGCGCAAGACCCUGCCGAUCUUCAAGCUGCGCGAGGAGAUGCUCCAGGCCAUGCACGACAACCAGCUUCUGGUCGUAUUUGGCGAGGCGGGAUCCGGCAAGACGACACAGAUGACGCAGUACCUGGCCGAAGCUGGCUACGCCUCGCGUGGCAUGAUCGGGUGCACGCAGCCCAGGCGUGUGGCUGCCACGUCCGCCGCCAAGCGUGUGGCCGAGGAAUUCGGUUGCCGCCUGGGUCAGGAGGUUGGCUACGCCAUCCGUUUCGACGACUGCACCAGCCCCGAGACCAAGGUGAAGUACAUGACCGACGGUAUGCUGCUGCGCGAGUGCAUUCUCGACCCCAGCCUGUCGAAGUACUCGGUGCUCAUACUCGACGAGGCUCACGAGCGGACCAUCCCCACGGACGUCCUCUUCGGCCUGCUGAAGAAGGCGACGCAGAACUGCCCUGACCUCAAGCUCAUCAUCACGUCGGCCAUGCUCGAAUAUGCCGAGAAGUUCUCCACCUACUUCAACAACUGCCCGAUCUUCACCAUACCCGGCCGCACGUUCCCCGUCGAGAUCCUCUACACGAAGUCGCCCGAGACCGACUACCUCGACGAGGCCCUCAUCACCGUCAUGCAGAUCCAUCUCUCCGAGCCGCCCGGCGACGUCUUGCUCUUCCUCACGGGUCAGGAGGAGAUUGAUACGGCGUGCCAGAUCCUCUCUGAGCGAAUGAAGUCGCUCGGCCCGAUGGUGCCCGAGCUGGUCAUCCUGCCCGUCUACUCGGCCCUGCCCUCCGAGAUGCAGACGCGAAUCUUCGAGCCGGCGGCCAGGGGCUCGCGAAAGGUCGUCGUCGCCACCAACAUCGCCCAGACAUCGGUCACCAUCGACGGAAUCUACUACGUCGUCGAUCCCGGCUUCGUCAAGCAGAAGGUCUACGACCCGAAGAUGGGUAUGGACUCGCUCGUCGUGUCCCAUCUCGCAGGCCGCCGCGAGGCAGCGGGCCGGCCGUGCCGGGCGAACGGGCCCCGGCAAGUGCUACCGGCUGUACACGGAGUGGCUUGA